GACCUUGGGGGAACAAGACACAAACAAGGGAACUGAAUGAAGACCAAAAGUAGCUGAACGUCGCCCUCUGCUGGCUAAUCUGAGUGAUUUCUGCUUUCUGUGGCAAAGCUCCUCUUUGUUCUGUCUGGUUCCUAGAAAACAACAGUGAAAGUGUCCUUCGCGGAAUUUCUCUUGCUUCCGAACAGCAUCCAGUUGCGCACGAGUCUUUGUUUCCUCGCACCCCAGAUCAUUCCUGCCACCCCAAGCCUGUCAGGAUCACAGUGGCACUAUUAGGAGGUGAGGCCUUGUUGGAGUAGGUGUGUCACUGUGGGCAUGGGAUUUAAGACCCUCAUCCUAGCUACCUGAGAGCAAGUCUUUUCCUAGCAGCCUGAAGAUAAAGAUGUAGAAUUCUCGACUCUUCCUGCACCAUGCCUGCCUGGACACUGCCAUGCUCCCACCUUGAUGAUAAUGGACUGAAUCUCUGAACCUGUAAGCCAGUCCUAAUUAAAUGUCCUUAUAAGACUUGCCUUGGUCAUGGUGUGUGUUCACAGCAGUAAAUUCUAAGACAAGAUGGCUACAUAGUAGAUUGUGCGUUCAUUUCCUUGUUUCCUUCCAAGAACACAGGCGACUUGUGAUAACAGAGAAGGCACAAGCCUAUCAUAUCUGUCCUCUGAGGUCAGGGGACAGCCCUUGUCUUCCUCCAGGAGGUGAAGAUUGCUCAGGCUGUGCCCGGAUUGACGCUGCACCCAUGACUUCUGUUCUUCCGUUUUCUCACUCCUUUCUUGGCUCCUCCCUGAUGGCUCAGCGACUCACCACAAGGAAGCAUUUUCUGUAGGGGUUGUUGCAGCCAAAGGAAUGCCUGCUGAGAAGAGGAGUAGAAGGGGGACGGAGAGAACGAACAGAAAGAACAGUGUGUGGGGGUGACCAGCCUCACCUGGGAUAAAGUCAGAUGGACCAAGAUUACCAGAAGGUGCCAAUUACUAGCUCCCUUCUUUAUUCGUGUACUGAUGAGAUGUCAGAAGACAGAACAUAAUCAGCCCAAUCCCUACUCCAAGACUCUCAUUGUGUCCCAAAGAAACACACGUGUGCAUUUCCCAAGGAAAAGGCAUUGAGGACCAUGGAGACCCCGGAUUAUAACACACCUCAGGGUGGAACCCCAUCAGCGGGAAGUCAGAGGACCGUUGUCGAAGAUGAUUCUUCGUUGAUCAAAGCUGUUCAGAAGGGAGAUGUUGUCAGGGUCCAGCAAUUGUUAGAAAAAGGGGCUGAUGCCAAUGCCUGUGAAGACACCUGGGGCUGGACACCUUUGCACAACGCAGUGCAAGCUGGCAGGGUAGACAUUGUGAACCUCCUGCUUAGUCAUGGUGCUGACCCUCAUCGGAGGAAGAAGAAUGGGGCCACCCCCUUCAUCAUUGCUGGGAUCCAGGGAGAUGUGAAACUGCUCGAGAUUCUCCUCUCUUGUGGUGCAGACGUCAAUGAGUGUGACGAGAACGGAUUCACGGCUUUCAUGGAAGCUGCUGAGCGUGGUAACGCUGAAGCCUUAAGAUUCCUUUUUGCUAAGGGAGCCAAUGUGAAUUUGCGACGACAGACAACGAAGGACAAAAGGCGAUUGAAGCAAGGAGGCGCCACAGCUCUCAUGAGCGCUGCUGAGAAGGGCCACCUGGAAGUCCUGAGAAUUCUCCUCAAUGACAUGAAGGCAGAAGUCGAUGCUCGGGACAACAUGGGCAGAAAUGCCCUGAUCCGUACUCUGCUGAACUGGGAUUGUGAAAAUGUGGAGGAGAUUACUUCAAUCCUGAUUCAGCACGGGGCUGAUGUUAACGUGAGAGGAGAAAGAGGGAAAACACCCCUCAUCGCAGCAGUGGAGAGGAAGCACACAGGCUUGGUGCAGAUGCUCCUGAGUCGGGAAGGCAUAAACAUAGAUGCCAGGGAUAACGAGGGCAAGACAGCUCUGCUAAUUGCUGUUGAUAAACAACUGAAGGAAAUUGUCCAGUUGCUUCUUGAAAAGGGAGCUGAUAAGUGUGACGAUCUUGUUUGGAUAGCCAGGAGGAAUCAUGACUAUCACCUUGUAAAGCUUCUCCUCCCUUAUGUAGCUAAUCCUGACACCGACCCUCCUGCUGGAGACUGGUCGCCUCACAGUUCACGUUGGGGGACAGCCUUGAAAAGCCUCCACAGUAUGACUCGACCCAUGAUUGGCAAACUCAAGAUCUUCAUUCAUGAUGACUAUAAAAUUGCUGGCACUUCCGAAGGGGCUGUCUACCUAGGGAUCUAUGACAAUCGAGAAGUGGCUGUGAAGGUCUUCCGUGAGAAUAGCCCACGUGGAUGUAAGGAAGUCUCUUGUCUGCGGGACUGCGGUGACCACAGUAACUUAGUGGCUUUCUAUGGAAGAGAGGACGAUAAGGGCUGUUUAUAUGUGUGUGUGUCCCUGUGUGAGUGGACACUGGAAGAGUUCCUGAGGUUGCCCAGAGAGGAACCUGUGGAGAACGGGGAAGAUAAGUUUGCCCACAGCAUCCUAUUAUCUAUAUUUGAGGGUGUUCAAAAACUACACUUGCAUGGAUAUUCCCAUCAGGACCUGCAACCACAAAACAUCUUAAUAGAUUCCAAGAAAGCUGUCCGGCUGGCAGAUUUUGAUCAGAGCAUCCGAUGGAUGGGAGAGUCACAGAUGGUCAGGAGAGACUUGGAGGAUCUUGGACGGCUGGUUCUCUACGUGGUAAUGAAAGGUGAGAUCCCCUUUGAGACACUAAAGACUCAGAAUGAUGAAGUGCUGCUUACAAUGUCUCCAGAUGAGGAGACUAAGGACCUCAUUCAUUGCCUGUUUUCUCCUGGAGAAAAUGUCAAGAACUGCCUGGUAGACCUGCUUGGCCAUCCUUUCUUUUGGACUUGGGAGAACCGCUAUAGAACACUCCGGAAUGUGGGAAAUGAAUCUGACAUCAAAGUACGGAAAUGUAAAAGUGAUCUUCUCAGACUACUGCAGCAUCAGACACUUGAGCCUCCCAGAAGCUUUGACCAGUGGACAUCUAAGAUCGACAAAAAUGUUAUGGAUGAAAUGAAUCAUUUCUACGAAAAGAGAAAAAAAAACCCUUAUCAGGAUACUGUAGGUGAUCUGCUGAAGUUUAUUCGGAAUAUAGGCGAACACAUCAAUGAGGAAAAAAAGCGGGGAAUGAAGGAGAUACUUGGAGAUCCUUCUCGUUAUUUUCAGGAGACAUUUCCAGAUCUUGUAAUCUAUAUCUACAAGAAACUAAAGGAAACAGAAUACAGAAAACACUUCCCACAGCCUCCACCACGCCUCAGCGUUCCAGAGGCAGUGGGACCAGGGGGCAUACAGAGCUGAGUCUUGCAAGCUCAUGGGACCAUUUUUCCAAUCAGCAGAGUUCUUGGGAAGUUGUACAUUUCUGGUCUUUUAAGCAGCCUGGUUACUUGUGAGCAAUGAGUUAGACAGUCAGUGUGUCAGUUUCUGAUACAGUAUGUUCUACACAUUUGCAUGAUCACAAAAGCAGUAUGCUACAAAACUAUACUACUCCAUUUUAGUGGAUGGAACUGGGAGAGCCUUCUGUUAAGACUUCGUUAAAGAAAAAACAUGUAUGUGUGUGUGUGUGUGUGUGUGUGUGUGUAUUGUCAGAUAAGCCUCACAACAUGAAUUCAAUCUCUGGAACCCAUAUAAAGGUUGCAAGAGAAAACCAACUCCACAAUUGUGUGCCCCUCCUCCCCCCUCUCAAACACACACUCAAACACACACAUACACUCUCUCACACACACACUCAAACACACACACACACACACACACACACACACACACACACACACACACACAGAGCAUCUCUUCUGUAUGAAAUUCCAGAAUAGGCUUACAUAUGCCAAAAGGGCUCCAGAAAAGCUUCAGUAUUUGCUGGGCACUGUAUAAGCCUAGGUACUAGUUAAAUGAAUUCCAUUCUUUCUGGAGGCAUCUGUACCGGUGUCUCAUGACUUCAAGUUAAUAGCUCUCACUUGAAGUCAUUUAUCAGUGUCACGGGUGGGGGGGAGGGGGUGGCACUACUGGCCUUGAGCAAGGAGGAACCAGCGGUGCCAGCAAACAUUCCGGGGAUGCACGAAGCAGCUACCCACAAUGCCACACUAGGCAGAUGACAUAUCAGUUGGUGCUGAGGUGGAGAAAGACUGUCUGAAAGGAUUGGAACACUUCUUGGCCGGCCCUGGACUCAGGGCUGUGGAGUGCAUUGAACACCCCCAGAAGAACGAUGUGGGUGUGCUUUCUUGCUGCUGGAUCUGAAAUGAAGCAGCUCCUUUUGGUGUCCACUUGAGAGCCCUCAUUUCCCCCACUUCCCAUGCUCCGUGGUGCAAUGAUCUAUUUGGGGUGCUCUCUCUAGCUCCCUGACACACUGUCACCUCAGUGCCUGCUUCAUUCCACUUUGUCCUUUUGUACUCCAGCCCUCCAAUCAAAGCCCUGUCCUUAGGGCCUUUGUAUCUUUAUUGCUUAGUAAAAAUGUUUUGUUCUGUGGUGAUGCUUGACACAUUUUCACUGAAUAAUCAAUGGACCCUUUUUGUAUGUGGAUGAUGAUGAUGAUAUGUAUGGUACUUUAGAAUUUACACAUUGUAUCUAUAUAUUUUUAAAUUUAAUUUUGUUUUGAAAAUAGCACUGUAAGCUAAGCACUGUGAUCUUUAUUUUGACAAUGAAGAAAGUAAGGCUAGAAAUAAUUUCUAUUUACUCUAGGCAUAUGGCAUGAAGUUGUCACUGUCUUGAUUUAGACAGACUUUUUGGUGUGACAUCUGAUGUUCUUUUCACCUAUCACCACGGUGGCUAAGGUGGAGCUUUUGGAAUGGGAAUUAAAUGCUAUCUUAGAUUCCUUAUGAAAGGAGGCAUCUGGAAGCAGAUAGGUGGCUGUCACUGUAAGGAGUUAAAGCACACUGGAAGAAACAAAGUAAUGGCUUAAAAGAUGGCUUUAAACUGGGCAGUGGCGGCACACGCCUUUAAUCCCAGCACUUGGGAGGCAGAGGCAGGUGGAUUUCUGAGUUCGAGGCCAGCCUGGUCUACAGAGUGAGUUCAGGACAGCCAAGGCUACACAGAGAAACCCUGUCUCAAAACAAAAACAAAAAAACAAAAAAAUAAAACAAAAAAUAAAAAUAAAGUACUUAAAUAUUAAAAAAGAUGGCUUUAAAACUUAAUAUUUAAAAGGGUUUUAAAAUUGAGUUUUGUUGUCUGACUUGGAUACGUCAAUCAAAAUGUCUACAUGUGAAGAAUACUCAAUAAAAAUUUGAAUCGUUUCAUUA